AUGCAGCACCGUCACACCCCUCUUCCCAGCCCAGAACUGCAAAAUCCAUUUUGUCACGUGCGAAGGGCUCCGGACAUCCAUAUCCACAUCCUCGAAUGCUCGACGCCACGAACGUCACCGCCGCCUCUAUCGAGACUUUUCUCUUCCCAGAACUUCAGAACCCUCGAAACCUUCGAAGAGGUCCCGCAGCGUGGCCUUUACUGCCUACAUCCACUGCGUAAAUCAGGGCCAGGGCCUGUGUCCCGACAGCAAAUUUUGAACUGUUUUUUCCGUAUACCCAACGUUAUCAUCCGCGAGGGACAUGAUGGGACGCUCCAUGCGCUAUGUCUUCUGUUUGGCGCGGUGGAUUAUUGGAACGGAUUGUUGGAUAGUGCGGUUGUGCGUGGGUUGGAGAUGGCGAGGGAUCGGUCUGCCCUCCCGACUUGGGAGGUGCUGGUGGCUUGA